UUGAUGCUGGAGCAGGCGAUACGAACUGGAUCCGAACCAAAAGAUCCACACGUGUCUUUUUCCUCAAAGUGCAAACAAUUAGUUCUUUAUAUCUGGAAAAGCCCGCGGGAAAGUGGACUUCUGACUUUUGGGGGACUGCGUCGAUCUGUUUCCCCUCACUUUUUGUAUUUCUGAUUCCCGAAGUGGCUCCGAAGUGGUGUUGCGGCUCCUCGUCCCCGGCGGAUCCGGAGAUCGGAGCCUCUGCACCGGGCGGAGGCGGAGCCGCGGCGACCUCGGAGGCUCCAAAGGGCGGCCGCGUCAGGAGGAUGGUGCGGCUGGCCGCAGAGCUCUUGUUGCUUCUGGGACUUCUCCUCCUCACCUUGCACAUCACCGUGCUCCGGAGCAACCCGCUGCCGCCGGCCAAUGUCAGCUUGAGCCUGGAUCAGAGUAAGAACAUCAUCCACACAAAAAGCAGCUCAUUGGGCCAACUGGCUCCCGACGGAUCCUGGCGCUCUGGUGCAGAGCGUCGCUUUGCCCACUGGUCCUCAGCCUUGCCGUGGGCGCAAGGCACUGGCAGUAACAUCCACCAAGAUGGCCCUGGCGCGUUUCUUCUCGAUCUGCAGAAUUUCCCCGACCUCUCCAAAGCCGACAUCAAUGGGCAGAAUCCCAACAUACAGGUGACGAUCGAGGUUGUGGAUGGGUUGGAGGCGCAUGAGCCAGAAAAAGGCCUCCGCAAGGAGAAUAAACCCAAAUGGGCUUCUCCAAACUGGAGAACCUGGUGGCCUCACACGUCCUCCACCACUCAUCAAGGACAGGAGCAUGAUCGCUCUUUUGGAAGCAACGUUGAGGACAGCAACUUCCUAAGACCGCCAGUGGAUUGGGACCGGAGAAGAGGCACAGCAGACAGAGGCAAACCCCAAACGGAAUAUGACUACAUGGAUGGAGAAGGAGACUGGAGUAACUGGUCACUGUGCAGUGUCACCUGUGGAAAUGGCAACCAGAAGAGAACCAGGUCUUGUGGUUAUGCCUGUACUGCCACUGAAUCAAGAACCUGUGAUAUGCCAAACUGUCCAGGUAUAGAAGAUGCCUUUAAGACUGCAGCAACAGAAGUGAGCCUGCUUGCAGGAACAGAUAAUUUUAAUGCGACUGAGCUCUUUGGUGUCGACACAGACAGCUGUGAACGAUGGAUGAAUUGCAAGAGCGACUUCUUGAAGAAAUACAUGACUAAGGUGGCCAAUGACCUUCCCAGCUGCCCUUGUUCAUACCCAACUGAGGUGGCAUACAGCACUGCCAAUGUGCACGACGUUCCUUCACGCAGAAAUUUCCGCUGGAAAGAUACCAGUGGGCCAAAGGAGAAAUUGGAGAUCUACAAGCCCACAGCACGUUACUGCAUUCGCUCAAUGCUGACAUUGGAGUCCACCACACUGGCCGCACAGCACUGUUGCUACGACGACAGCAUGAAGCUUAUCACACGAGGCAAAGGGGCCGGAACACCCAAUCUCAUUAGUACAGAGUUCUCUGCUGACCUGCACUACAAAGUUGACAUCUUGCCCUGGAUCAUAUGCAAAGGAGACUGGAGUCGCUACAACCAGGCCAGGCCACCAAACAACGGACAAAAGUGUCGGGAGAACCCUCAGGAAGAGGAUUACUAUAAGCAGUUCGAAGAAGCAAGAGAGUUCUAGCCCUGAAUCCACAACUCCAAAAUAGUGACAGAAAUAUUUUGGAUUCUUUUCAUACAAAGGUUGAAGCUCAAAGGAAUAAGACUAAGUGGUCCUCUGAAGUAAGAGGACCAGAAAUUCCAGAAGACAAUUUUCAAUGGAUGCUAAAAACAUUUUUGUCUCGAAUGUUCCAGAUUAACUUCAUAAAAAAAAAAAAAAAAAAAAAACUGACAAAGUGAUGAUUAUGUCAGUGUCAAUUCCAUUCAAAAUAAAGGGACUUUCUAUUCUUAAAGGGAAAAAUAUUAGCUAAAAAUUUAACUGUUUGCAGGUUUUUUUUUUUUUUUUUUUUUUUUUUUUUUAAUGAUUGCUCAUGUGUGGUACAUAUCAGUGGUUAUAGAAUAAUAGGAAUCUUACAAACUGUUUUGACUGAGUGGGGAUGUAGUAAAUAAUUUUUACCAUUGUGUCCCUGGAGAUUUUCAGGUUUUCAUCUCAUUUAAGCUUGUGAAUGUUUCUUCAGCAUGCACAUUGCAUCCAAAAUGUGUGAUUGUCCAGUGUCUCUUUGAAGAAGAACGCCUUUGUAAAGAGUAUGCAUUGUCUCUGUAAAGUAUUUAUUUGAAAAAUCUAUUUCCUAAUUGGUCCUCCGCGAUCUGUCAUCAGUUCACAAAUGGCUGAAUGCUAAUUUGAGAUGUUUCUCUAAUCUUGCGUUUGGAAAUAAACCAUUAUAGAGAGUC